AUGGGCAAGAGAGCGAUAAAGAAGUCGGUGACAGAGUACAAGUGCGAGCGACUCAACCAGAUCGGUCAUCUGUAUACGAUACUCCUCCCAUCGCCUUCUCCACAUUCUCUCCUCAUCUCCUCACUUUCCCCCCUCCCUCCCUUCCCCCUGUUCCCCUUAUCCAUUUCCCCUCCCCAUCCCCUGCCAUCCCCCCUUCUUCGUCCCCCCCGCGUGCCCCUCAACCUCUCCCCCUUUCCGCCGCUCCGCCCCUCCGCACGCGCGCCAGUGGGCGACACAGUGAUGCUGCGCCCGCCCGCGGAGGACACCCCGCCAUACGUGGCGCGCGUGGAGUCCAUCGAAGUCGAGCGCGCGGACACCAAGGUCCGCCUGCGCUGGUUCUACCGCCCGGAGGAAUCCCUGGGCGGGCGGCGCAACUUCCACGGGUCCAAGGAGCUGUUCCUAUCAGACCACUUCGACGUGUGCAGCAUGGAUGCUGUGGAGGGCGUGUGCCGCGUGCACUCCUUCAAGAGCUAUGUGAAGCUCGCGGCCGUGGAGGCGGAGGAUUACUUUUACCGGUUCGAGUACAAGGCUGCUACUGGGACGUUCAAGCCCGACCAUGUCGCUGUGUGCGUGGGCGUUGGGGGGGGGGGAAGGGGAGGGGUGGGAGGGAGGGGAGGGGAGGGGAGGGGAGGAGAGGGGAGGGGAGGGGAGGGGAGGGGAGGGGAGGGGAGGGGAGGGGAGGGGAGGGGAGGGGACGAGACGGGACAGGAGGGGAUGGGAAGGGGGAGUGAGUGCGGGCGAGGGGGUGGAAGCCUGGAGUUCAGGGUUGGGGAAGAGAAACAGGAAGGAGUGGGGGAUGCGACAGCUGCAGAGACUGGUCCGUCCCUUCCCCCAUCCUUCUCUCCACCUCCUCUUCUCGCGCUCCUCUCUCGCCCCUCUUCCUCUCUCGCCCCUCUUCCUCUCUCGCCCCUCUUCCUCUCUCGCCCCACUUCCCCUCUCGUCUUUCCUCUGUCUGGUGAUUGCCAGAUCUGCAGUCGUCCGUCCUUCCCUCCAUCCGUUCCCUUCCCCGCGCUCCCAGUGUUCUCUCCCGCUUUCCCUCAUCCCUUGCUCUUCCGUCCCAUGCCCGCUCUCCCUCCAUCCGUCGCUUUUCCUUUCGCCUCACCACUGUGUAAUCACCUAUCCCCCCUCUCUUCCUUAGCUCUGUCCUCUGCCCCCCUUCCCUCGCCCCUCAUUUUCCUCGUUUCACUUCGUCGUUUCCUCCUCCCUUUCCCUCCUCCCUUUCGUCGUCCCUUUUCUUCUCCCCCUCCCUUUGCCCCAUUCCUUUCCUUACUCCUUUCCCUCACACGUUACCAUCCUCUAUUCCCUCCUCCCCUUCGCCCCCUCCUCUUUCCACCUCCGUUCCCCUCCAUUUUUCUCCUCUCGAUUUCUCCUUCCUUUCCUCGUUUUCCCCCUCCCUUUCUCACAUUCUCCCCUCGCUCUCUCUCUCCCCCCCCCCCCCUUCUCACACCCCACCCCUCUCACACCCCCACCACUCUCACACCCCCCUCCCCUCUCACACCCGCUCUCCCUCUCACUCCCUCCUCCCCAUCCCCUCACACGCACACCCUGGGCGGGCAGGUUCCACCCGACGUGCAUCCACCUGACGCCAGAGCAGGUGAAGAAGAUGACGCAGUUCGUGUGUGA